AUGGCCGCGGACGCGAACAACGUCGUAGCCGAGGACGAGAACUGGCGGUUGCGCAUAGCCAAGGAGACGCACUCUCAGCGACACUUUGAGUCAGAGUGGGGCUUCCUUCUCCCGGAUCCCGCGAGCAAAGCGACGAAGGUUUCCGUGGAGGGGAAUAAGUGCAAGUACUUCGACCAUCAAGGCGGUCUUCACUGGACGGUGCGAGAGCUGAGGGUGCCGGCGGCCAAUGGCGAUCCAUCCGAGCCAGAAGAGUCCGUGGACCCUCACUCCGCUGCCGGCGUAGCGAAGGCCACGCACGAGACGCUGAUGAGCUCUAUCCCAUCGAACACCGCGUUCAUUUCGACGUACAGGCAGAUCGGGCAACGCAAGUCGUUGGAGAUGUUCGGCGUGAGCGAGUAUGGAAACAAAGCGACGGACGCGACUAGGUUCUGA